AUGGAGCAAACGUGCAUUUCAUGUCGGUCACAGCUCACCUUUUUAUCAAGUGUACCCAUGCAUCAUCGUCCUUCGUUUUCAAUACGAAAGGCAUCUCCAUGCAACUCGCUAUCGCGCCCGGCGCUUGCUCGAGCAAUUCGCAGAAAGAAUGUCUCGCGAUGUCGCACACUCCCACAGAUGGCAGCGUCUGAAACUGAAACGGAAGGCAAAUCCGACACGAUCACAGAAGACCCUAUGACGCGGCGGGUGCGCGACGAGCUAGCCGCGGACGGAAUCAAUCUCGAUGAGCUGCUCAACGCCGGCAAAGUUGUCAACCUGACCCGAAAAUUAGAAAUGCUCACUGCAGAGUCUGAAAAGCUCACUGCCGGCUCACCUGAACUACAAGACGCCAAGCAGAAAAUGUCAAAGCUCGAAAGCGACCUUGUCCGAGAGAAGCGACAAGUCAUGCAAAACUGGCUCAAGCAAUUGUUUCUUUUGCAGGCGAUUGUCUUUAUUGGUAUAGGGGGGGUGCUCGCGAAUGAUGUUGUGCCGGGCGUCGACAGUGUCCCGCUCGUGGGUCGUGCUCUGGGUUUUUGGACGACGUGGUUGUUCACCAUUCCUGCAUUGCGUGCAAGGAAGGGGACGAGUAAGACGGAGAAGAGCGCGCUCAAUGUUGCAUUCUUGGCGACUCCACUUUUAAAUGUAGCACUCCCGGCAUUGACUAAGAAUUGCGGGAUUAUUUGGGCGGCCGAUGUAGCACUCCUCGGUGCCUGCUACGCGUUUUACGGUAUCACGGCCAAGCGAGGCGCUGACGGUGACGAGGAGGGUAACCGUCCUGUCAAGGAGCAAGGAAAAGUCAAAGGAAUCCUCAAAUACUUGGAUUGGGGUUCCUGGCGGUAGGAAAUUAUAUAUAUUCACUAGCGCGAACGAAAUGCGGCUGAGGACAAGACAUGAGGGCGUUUACAAGACUUAAAGCACUAGUGUGAAAUAUUCGUGUACAAAAACUAAAUCAGCACUCGGUGUUUGACCUUUUCACGGGCCCGGGAGAGA